AAAUAUUCUGUUAUUUAAUGAAUAAUUGAAAUAUUAAUAAAAACUAUUAAUAUAUUUAUAUUAUUAUUAAACUAAAAGAUAUCAUAAUUUCAGACCUAUUGGUGACAAUUGGUUAACAAGAAGUGCUAACAAUGUCUCAAUUAAAGGCAUACAUCGUAUCUCAGAAACUGUUGAAUGCAACCACUUUUGGUCAGAUCCGACUGAUCCACGCGUCUACACAAUGUUGUGCCAAACAGGUACCGAUGAGUCGUUUCGACAAAGACUCGCACAUUCCCUACGAAAAGCUUCAAAACAAUCUAAAAAUCGUGAAAAAGAGACUGAAUCGACCGCUCACUCUGUCGGAGAAGAUAUUAUACUCGCAUUUGGAUGACCCGCAAAAACAAGACAUUGUUCGCGGCCAAAGCUAUCUGCGUCUCCGACCUGAUCGGGUAGGUAUGCAGGACGCGACCGCACAGAUGGCAAUGUUGCAGUUUAUUUCAAGUGGACUUAAACGAGUUGCCGUCCCAUCAACCAUACACUGCGAUCAUCUGAUUGAAGCUCAAAUCGGCGGCGAGGCAGACUUGGCCAGAGCUAAGGAUAUUAACAAAGAAGUCUAUAAUUUUUUGGCCACCGCUUCGUCUAAAUAUGGCGUCGGUUUCUGGAAGCCUGGAAGUGGUAUUAUUCAUCAGAUAAUUUUAGAAAACUAUGCCUUUCCCGGAGUAUUACUCAUCGGUACUGACAGUCAUACAGUAAACGGCGGUGGUUUAGGAGGUCUAUGCAUUGGUGUUGGCGGUGCAGAUGCUGUUGAUGUCAUGGCAGACAUCCCUUGGGAGUUAAAGUGUCCAAAUGUGAUUGGAGUACAUUUGACCGGAAAAUUGAGUGGUUGGACGUCAUCUAAAGAUGUUAUCUUGAAAGUUGCCGAUAUUUUAACCGUAAAGGGAGGAACUGGAGCUAUUGUUGAAUAUUUUGGACCUGGAGUUGAUUCAAUUUCAUGUACUGGUAUGGGAACCAUUUGCAAUAUGGGUGCAGAAAUCGGUGCCACAACUUCAGUGUUUCCUUAUAAUAAACGAAUGCGUGAUUACUUAGUGGCGACUAAUCGUAAAGAAAUUGCAGAUAUGGCAGAUGACAACCAGAAUCUAUUAACUGGUGACUCUGGAUCUAAAUAUGAUAAAGUGAUUGAAAUCAAUUUGUCUGAACUUGAACCUCAUGUGAACGGUCCGUUUACACCUGAUUUGGCGCAUCCUAUAUCUAAAUUAGGACAAAACGCCAAAACAAAUGGUUAUCCAUUGGACAUAAAAGUUGGUUUAAUUGGCAGCUGUACUAAUAGUAGUUAUGAAGAUAUGAAUAGAUCAGUUAGUAUUACAAAGCAAGCCAUCAAACACGGGUUGAAAUCAAAAUCCAUAUUUACUGUAACUCCCGGUUCAGAGCAAAUUCGGGCCACAAUAGAGCGCGACGGACAGGCAGAACAAUUAAGACAAUUUGGAGCUCUUGUUUUGGCUAAUGCUUGCGGUCCUUGUAUUGGACAAUGGGAUCGAAAAGAUGUUAAAAAAGGAGAGAAGAAUACCAUUGUUUCUUCAUAUAACAGAAACUUUACCGGUCGUAAUGAUGCAAAUCCAGCCACUCAUGCUUUUGUAACGUCUCCAGAGUUGGUCACCGCUUUAUCCAUUGCUGGUCGGCUUGAUUUUAAUCCACUUAAGGAUGAAUUGACAGGAGCUGAUGGCAAGAAAUUUAAACUUGAACCACCUACUGGUGAUGAAUUGCCAUCUCGUGGAUUUGAUCCAGGACAAGACACAUACCAACCACCACCUGCUGAUGGCUCGUCCGUUAACGUAGAUGUCGAUCCCAAGAGUCAACGUUUACAGAUUUUGUCACCAUUUGAUAAAUGGGAUGGAAAUGAUUUGACAGAUAUGGUUGUCUUGAUUAAAGUCAAGGGAAAGUGUACUACUGAUCAUAUUAGCGCUGCCGGUCCGUGGCUUAAAUAUAGAGGACAUUUAGAUAAUAUUUCUAAUAAUAUGUUUAUUGGAGCAAUAAAUAGUGAAAAUAGUGAAGCAAAUAAAGUUAAGAAUCAGUUUUCGGGAGAAUGGGGUGGUGUUCCCGAUACUGCCCGCGCAUAUAAAGCUAAAGGUGUUAAAUGGGUUGCUGUCGGAGAUGAGAAUUACGGCGAAGGAAGUAGUAGAGAGCACGCGGCUCUUGAGCCCAGACAUCUGGGAGGCCGUGCUAUCAUUGUUAAGAGUUUUGCUAGAAUUCAUGAAACCAAUCUUAAAAAACAAGGACUUCUUCCGCUGACUUUUGCUGAUCCAAAAGAUUACGACAAAAUACAGCCGACUGAUAAAAUUUCAUUACUCGACCUCAAAGGGUUGGCUCCGGGAAAGUCGGUAAAGUGUGAGAUAAAACAUAAAGACGGCUCUAAAGACUUGAUUGAAUUGAAACACACAUUGAAUGACCUACAGCUCACUUGGUUUAAAGCGGGAAGUGCUCUCAAUAGGAUGGCUGAGCUCAGGAAGUAACUAUAUUACAUGUAUUUAGAAUAUAGAAAUAUAGAAAAUUAAAAAUUAA